AUGAAGUCGCCAGUUGAUGACUAUGAUGUCGAUUUAGAUAAGCUUGCUAAGCUUGAAAAAAUGAUAAUUAGAGUAGAUACAGAUAUUCAUAAAAUGUAAUUAGAUAAUGAUAAGACUAAGAUAGUGGAAACUCUAAAAAAGACCCAUGAUAUCUAUUCUCUAAUUUUAGGCGAAUUACAUUUUUAGCUUACUGAAAUGAAACUAGAAUCCUUUGGAAGUAUCAUAUAGAAGAUUUUUUUAGGAGAAAAUACACUUUUGAAUAGUUUACUUAAAGUCAAAACUAACUUGGAAUACAAUCCAAAGAAAAUGAUAGAAGAUUUGGAUUAACUUGGAAAUAGAGCAAGAAGAAGAAACUCUUCUACCUAAGUGGCAGAGGCUAAAAAAGAUGAAUAGUUUAUUCAAUAAGCUAAUGAAACAGUACUACAAAGUAAGAAAAAGGUUAAAGAUCGCUUUAAAUAAACAACAGAUUUCGAAAUUCCAAAGGUUUUCGCUGAUAAAGGAACUGAUACUGCAUUAGAUAGAGAGGACGCAAAAAAUCUCAAUAAUGUAUUGAAAAAAAAUGAAGAGCUUGAUGAAAUAAGAAAAGAAUUUGAUGAAUCUUCAAAGGAAAUCGAAAAUUUUUUGAAAAAUAAAAAUUUAAUUAAUUUUAAUGAUGAAAGAUCAAAAGCCGAAUCAUCAUUAAAGCACAUGCUUAAAGACCUUUCAUAAAAAAAGAGAAAAGCUGAGCAAAUUGAAAGAGAAGGAUAAUCCCUUUUACAAUUUGACCCUUAUUAGUAAAUGCAAAAUAAAGCAAAAUAAAAUGCUAAUGCUGCUUUAAUUUUUGGUACUCCACCAGGCCAUAUUUUAAGAGAUGGAAAGCUGAUAGCUAUUACUUCAUAAGAAAUAUAAACUGACAAAGAUCCAAAUUUAGAAAAAAUAGCUAAAAUGACUUAAGAAAUGUAAACAAAAUAAGCAAAAUUUACUGAAUUAGAAAAAAAAGUGAAAGAAAUAUAAAAAGAUGCAGAUAUUUAUAAAGAGCAAUGCAAAAAAUUGAACGAUAAGAUAAGUGAAUUGAAUGGUCUGGCUAAGAAGAAAGAGGAAGAUUAGAAAAAAGAAAAAAAGGAAAGAGAAAAGCUUAUUGUGAUGGAUGAAAAAGGUAAAGAGAGAUUUAGGAGUAUCGUUGAAGAGAACUACAGAUUAAAGCUAAAGCUAAAGGAGCUAGUUGAAGAAAUUAAACUUUUAGAAAAAGAAAACAAGGGAGCUUUAGAAAAAUUCAAAUAAUUUAUUAUGAACAGUAAUUUGACAGAUGAAUAAAAGCGUAUGCUAAUUGGAAAAGUAGAAGAAUUAUUUACUCUUGAUCUUUCAAAGAGAUUAAAUAUAAGAGAACUUGAACAUUUAAGUAAAAUAGAUAAUGAUAUGCUGAAAGAUCCACUUAUAAGAGCUAUCAUUGGUGAUCCCGUGGCAAUGGUCAAAAAGAUAAAACAAGAUGAAAAGGAUAAGUAAAAAUUAAGAGCUAGUCCUAAUUAUGAUCCUGAUUUUGAUCCAAACCUCCUUGAAGAUGGUUAAAGAAUCAUAACAAGAAAAGUCAAAAAGAAAAUUAGAAGAUUAAAUUCAAAAGGUUAAUGGGUUGAAGAGGAAAUAGAAGUUGAAGAAGAAUGUGUUGUUGAUAAAAACGGAAAUAUUAUCAGAAGUAGAGAAAAACCUAAAGAAGGCUUCUCUAUGGAUCCCUCUAUGCAAAAUUUUAUUAAUAAGCAUGGUGGAUUAGCUAUUGGAGGAGCUAAAUUUAAUUUACCAUAAAAACCAAAUAAACCAUUAGCAAAAAAUGGGUAGCCAAUCAAAGAAGGAGAGUGGUUUGUAGAUUAAAAUGGCAAUAGAGUAAAAAUGACAAGGAAUGCCAAAGGAGAAGAGGAAUAUGAAAUUCAAGAAGAAUAUAUUGAUGAGUUUGGUAACAAGUAAAUAAGAAAUAAGAAAAUGAUUAUUUCAAAAGAUAAAGACGGAAAUGAAAUUAUAACUGAAGAAUACAUAGAUCCUAAAACUGGUAAAAAGAUUACAGUUUAGAAAAAAGUAUUCAGAGACAAAGAUGGAAAUGAAGUCAUUGAGGAAAUAACAACUGAUGCAAAUGGCAAUAAAAUUACAAAAAGAACAAAAGUCUUAAGAGAUAAAGAUGGAAAUGAAAUCAUAGAGGAAGAAAUCAUUGAUGAAUUCGGUAAUAAAAUAAUUGUGAGGAAAAAGAAAAUGAAAGAUGCAAAUGGAAAUGAUAUUUGGGUGACUGAGACUAUCAAUGCUGAUGGCAGCAAAACUAUUGUCACUGAAAAAAUAGGAAAAAAUGGAGAAAGAAUAAUCAUUGAGGAAAAGAUAGAUAAAAAUGGAAAAAAGACAAUUACUGAGAAAAAGAUAACUAUUGGUAAAGAUGGAAAGCCGAUUAUUGAAGAGACAAUUAUUGAUGAAAAAGGAAAUAGGAUUGUUAAAACUAUCAAGUAAGAUGUCGAUGCAUUUGGUAAUGUCAUCACAACUGAAGAGGCUGUAGAUGAAAACGGUAAUAAAAUAAUCAAAAAGACAAAAAUGAUCAUAGAUAAAGAUGGAAAUUAAGUUAAAGUUGAAGAAAUAAUAGAUGCUAAUGGAAACAAAAUCACUAAGUAUACAAAGCAAAUAGUAGACAAAGAUGGAAAUAUAAUUACAGUUGAAGAAACUGUAGAUGAAUACGGAAAUAAAAUCACUAAAAAAAUAAAAAGAAUGUUUGACAAAGAUGGAAAUGAAAUUAUAGAAGAAGAAAUUAUAGAUGCAAAUGGAAAUCGUAUAAUUAUUAGGACAAAAAAGAACAAAGAUGGUUCAGUAGAAGAAGAAAGGUACAAUCCAGAAACAGGAGAGAGGAUUAUUGUUAAGAAAAGAAUAGAUGCUAAUGGUCGAGAAAUUAUUGAAGAAACGAGAAUUGACAAAAACGGAAAGUCAGUUACUACUACUAAGGUCAUAAGUACUGAUAAAUUUGGCAAUAAGAUUAUUGAAGAAUCUUAUAUUGAUCCAGAAACUGGAUAAAGAGUUACUGUUAGAAAAAAAGUAACUAAAGAUAAAAAUGGAAAUGAUGUAGUAGAAGAAACAAUUAUUGAUGAAAAUGGAAGAGUUAAAACUGUUAAAAAGAGGGUAUUUAAAGAUAAAGAUGGCAGAGACGUAAUUGAGGAAGAGAUUACUGAUGCUGAUGGUAAAAAAUACAAAAUUAGAACUAAAGUUUACAAAGAUGCAGAUGGAAAUGAAAUUAUUGAAGAGGAAAGAAUAGACGAAUUUGGUAAUAGAGUUAUUGUGAGAAGGAAGAAAGAUAAAGAUGGCAGAGAAAUAGUUGAAGAAAUAAGAAUAGAUGCUAAUGGAAAUAAAACAGUUAUUCAUAAGAUAAUCAAUAAAGAUGGUACUAUAGAGGAGACUAUAAUUGACUCAAAAGGAAAUAUUACAAAGACUAAAAGAAAAUAAGGAACUGAAGAUAAAGAAAUUUAAGUUAACAGCAUUUUUGGAGCAAACUCUGUUGUAAGCACUUAAGAUUUAUAAAGAAUACUAGUAAAUCUUGGCUGUACCGAGGAAGAUGCUAAGAUGAUUGUAGAUGCUAUUAUGAACUACAUUCACAAAGGUACUCCAUUUAUAUUAGGUGAAAAUAUGGAUGACUAUGCUAAGCUUAAGAAUGCUCAAAACAAACAUAAUGAUAAUCUUAAAGAUUUAAAAGAAUAGAGAAAAAGAGAAAUGGAAGAAAUUCGCAAAAAGCGUGAAGAAGAAAGAGUUGCUAAAUUAAAAGAGAUUCAAGCCUAAAAAGAUGCUCGUAAGAGAAAGUAGGAAGAAGAGAACGACGAAGAUUUGGAUGUUAUAGAUGAUAAAAUGAAUGAGGAUGAGCAGGCAGAAGCUUUGUUUAAAAAAUUAAAAAAUCAAAAAUCGAUGAUGGGAGAAUUAUUAAGAAAUAUUAGAAACUAGUUAGGUUUAAAUGGCGAUUAGGAAAUAACUUUAGAAUAGUUUAAAGAGUAUAUGGAGAAAUAUAAAUAAGUGCACUCAAAAUGCGGAGAGAAUUGUCCUCAUUUAAAGAGAUUCUAUGCUAAGUUAGGGUUCAUCUAGAAUAAAUAUAAAAGAAAAUUCUUAAAGAUGAAAGAUACUAAAAUUAAUGCAUUCUAAGGAAAGAACUCAAGUAAAGAGAAGCUACCUAAGAUCAUGAGCAACUGUAAAUCCAAUUAGAAAUAUUUUAUAUUUUAUAAGUGUUUUUCUUUUUAAAUCAGCUAAGGGAUUAUCAGACAGUGGGAAAUCAUUUUCUUCAUCUUUUUACAAAAAUACUCAGAUGAACUAAUCGAAUAUUGUUUACAAAAGCUAAAGUAGUUAGUAAUCUCCUACUAAUAACAUGUAUACAAAUGGAAAUGA